UGGCUAUCUUAUAAAAACAGGAGCAUAGGAGGCUACAGGAAGGAAAGCAGAGGCAGCCUGAGGCAGCUGAGAACUGUACUUGCCCUCAUCCUUUGGGAACCAGGUUUUCUUGUUAAAGCUGAUUGACAUUUCGUCGUGGGAACGUAGACACCUUUCAGUUUCUUCUAGCUUGGCAAGUUGCUAUGACCAGACCACAAAUGAUGGCCCCUAUUUGUCUGGUGGAAAACCACAAGGAGCAACUGUCAGUGAACCAGAAAGCCAUAGAGAUUCUGGACAAAAUUUCACAGCCAGUGGUAGUCGUGGCCAUUGUGGGAUUGUACCGCACAGGGAAGUCGUACCUGAUGAACCGUCUGGCAGGACAGAAUAAAGGCUUCCCUCUGGGAUCCACUGUGCAGUCUGAAACCAAGGGCAUUUGGAUGUGGUGUGUUCCACAUCCCACCAACCCAAAGCACACCCUGGUCCUCCUGGACACCGAGGGACUGGGGGACGUGGAAAAGGGUGACCCUAAGAAUGACUCAUGGAUCUUUGCCCUGGCCGUGCUUCUGAGCAGCACCUUCGUCUACAACAGCAUGAACACCAUCAACCACCAGGCCCUGGAGCACCUGCAUUAUGUCACAGAACUCACUGAUCUGAUCAGGGCAAAGUCUUCCGAAAGUCCUGGUGGAAUAAAGAAUUCCACAGAGUUUGUGAGUUUCUUUCCAGACUUCAUCUGGACUGUUCGGGAUUUCACGCUGGAGCUGAAGUUAUGUGGAGACAGCAUCACAGAGGAUCAGUACCUGGAGAAUGCACUGAAGCUGAUCCCAGGCAACAAUCCUAGAAUCCAAGCAUCCAAUUUGCCCAGGGAGUGCAUCAGACAUUUCUUUCCUAAACGGAAGUGCUUUGUGUUUGACCGGCCAACAAAUGACAAAGAACUCUUACAAAAAAUUGAGACUGUCUCAGAAGACCAACUGGAUCCUAAGUUCCAGGAACAAACAAGUGCUUUUGUUUCUUACAUCUUCAAUGAUGCAAAAAUCAAGACUGUCAGAGAAGGAAUUAAGGUCACUGGGAAUCGACUGGGGACUCUGGUGACAACCUACGUGGAUGCCAUCAACAGUGGAGCAGUGCCUUGUCUGGAUGAUGCUGUGACAACUCUGGCCCAGCGAGAGAACUCAGCAGCCGUGCAGAAGGCAGCUGACCAUUACAGUGAGCAGAUGACCCAGCGACUGAGGCUCCCCACAGACACUCUCGAGGAGCUGCUGGAUGAGCACACAGCCUGUGAGAAGGAAGCCAUUGCUGUCUUCAUGGAGCACUCCUUCAAGGAUGAAAACCAGCAAUUCCAGAAGAAGCUGCUGGAAUUGAUAGAUGAGAAGAAAAGCAUUUUCAUGCUGAAGAAUGAAGAAGCAUCAGAUAAAUUCUGCCAGGAAGAACUGAAUCGGCUUUCGAAGGCUUUUAUGGAAAAUAUUUCAACAUUUUCUGUUCCUGGAGGACACAGGCUCUACAUGGAAAUGAGGGAGAAGAUUGAACACGGCUACUGGCAGGUGCCCAGGAAAGGGGUGAAGGCAAGGGAAGUCUUCCAGAACUUUCUGCAGUCACAGGCCACCAUCGAGAGUUCCAUCCUGCAGGCAGAUACAGCUCUCACCGCUGGGGAGAAGGCCAUUGCAGAGGAGCGGGCCCAGAAGGAGGCGGCUGAGAAGGAGCAGGAGCUGCUAAGACAGAAGCAGAAGGAGCAGCAGCAACUGAUGGAGGCUCAAGAGAGAAGUCACAAGGAAAACCUAGAGCAACUGAGAACGAAGCUGGUGCAGGAGAGACAGCAGCUCAUCAAAGACCAGGAAAAGAUGCUGGAGAAGCAGCUGCAGGAUCAAAAAGCUUUGCUUGAAGAAGGAUUUAGGAAGAAAUCUGAGGAAAUGAAUGGAGAAAUACAGCGUUUGAAGCAUAACAUCGAUGAUAUGAAAAGAAACAGUGGUUCUAUUUUAGACAAUAUUAUAAAAGGAUUUGCUACAGUAAUUUGUGCUCCUGCUUUAAUAGCUGUAGAGGCUGUAAAAAAAAUAUUUUCAAUAUUUAAAUAGGAUUCACUCUUCGUUUGAUAAAAUGAGACAUUGUGAAUAUAUACUUUCUUAUUUUGAAGCUUUAUGUUUUCAUUUUCCUUCAGCAAAUUUAAACAUAAAAAGUGCUUAUGAGAGAGAACAUCUAUGCCUUGCCCACAUUAGAUAGAUCCUAUAUAUAUGUUUGCACAGACAAUGUUUGUUUUUAGGGAACAAUUUUUUGGAACCAUUCCUAUGGAAGCAAUGUGAUUAGUCAUUGCGUGUUCCGACAGUUACUGUUGGUCAACUGGACUAGAUACAGAAUCAUUCAGGAACAAGCUCUCCUGCCUCCUGUGAGCACCGUCUGUUCUAGGUUAGCUUGUGGGGGUCACCUCAGGUUACUAUGGUAGGAAACCCACCCCAAGUGCUGACAGCACUAUUUCUGUGGACUUCGGACACAGUUACACAGUGGAAGCAAGCUGGGCAUUAACGUCCACCACUUGUGACUUCCUGACUGUGGAUGCCAUGGAUCAUCAGCCUCAGCUUCUCUCCUAUGCCUUCUUCACCACGCUAAAUGUAUCUAUCAUGUGGGAUCAUGAACCAGAACAAACCCUUUCUUUCCUAAGUUGCCUUUGUUGGGGUAUUUUGUCAUAGCAAGAAGCAGAAACGUCAUUGAUAUCAGUGUAAUGUUGAUAAAUUUGGAAAUUACUUAAACAUCAUUGAAUAUGAUUGGUUACAUAUUUUAAUGUAUCUGGAUCCUGGAGUGCUAUAUAGUCAAGUAACAAAUGUCUGUCAAGUUGUCUGUAUACUAAUGUAAAUUGAGCUUAAAGAUUUCUUAUAAAAUGAAGUCAAAACACCA